CAAACAUAGAUUUCACAGAAGACUUUCAUCCAAACAUAGUAUCCCCAUCGCAUCAGCAUGGCUCUCCGAUCCCGACCCCAAAUCUUCGACAUCCUCAUCAUAGGUUCUGGCCCAGCAGGCCUAAACGCCGCACUCACAUGUGCCCGCACCCGCACCAAAGCCCUCGUCUUCGACUCCCAAGCCUACCGCAACGAAGGCGUCAAGCACAUGCACUCGGUUGCAUCACGAGAUCACUUCGACCCCCGUGAAUUCGGUCGCAUAGCGCGAGAACAAAUCGAGUCCCGCUACGACACUGUCUGGUUUCAACAGGGCACUAUUACCCAAGCAGUGAAGAAGAGUAUCGGAGUGGAGCAGUACGAUGGGUUUGAAGUGCAAGACAGUGAGGGCCAGGCGUAUGCGGCGAAGAAGCUGAUUCUCGCCACCGGCUCGAGAGAUAUACUACUUGAUAUCGAAGGCUACAAGGAGAACUGGCCGGAGCACAUCUAUCAAUGUCUAGCCUGCGAUGGAUACGAGCAGCGCGGCACACCGGUCGGAAUCCUAACGUUCGAGAGCCCGAUGUACGCACACUUUGUGCAAAUGGCCAUGGCAUUCGAUCCACCAUCCAUAACGAUCUAUAGCAAUGGCCCCGUCUCGACGGCAGAGCCGAUUCAAAAGGCUCUCAAACUUGCGAAAGCAUUGGGUGCAACGCUCGACGAGCGCAAGAUUACGCGCCUUGUUAACAACGGGCCCUCGCACACCGACGGCGUGACAGUCCACUUUACGGAUGGCGAGCCGGCUACCCUUGGCUUCCUUGUUCAUAAGCCAGCGACGGUGAAUAGGGCACAGAAUCUCAUUGACCAACUAGGCAUUGAAACUGUCGAUGUAGCAAUGGGCGGGCAUGUAAAGAUCGCAAAUCCAAUGUUCAAUGAGACGAGCGUACGGGGUGUUUUUGCAGCUGGAGAUACAAUGGUUAUGAUGAAGCAGGUUGCUGUUGCGAUGUCUGAGGGGUUGAAAGCAGCGGCGGGUGCGGGGAUGCAGAUUGCGAUGGAAAAGUCUGAGGCUGUGGUUUAGGAGUAUGAGGUGAGGGAGAGGGAUUCCCCAUCCGACGAAGUCUGCAUGUCAAUCGAUUUCGCAAAAUUUGGCUUCGAACGUAGACUUGAUCCAACCCAGCAUAGAAUAUUAUGUAUACCGGCGAAAGUACAUUUCGCUAAUCAUGUUGACAGUAUUUGAUACCGAGUUAACUUGAAAUUGGA